AUGCUCGAAGACGAUGACCAGACAAAGGAGAUGAGUGCUGAAAGAUUGUUUAGGCCCGCUAUUGGGGUUGGUCUCUUCGUCGCCUUCGGUGGUGUCCUAUUCGGCUAUGACACCGGUACCAUCGGUGGUAUCCUGGCUAUGCCGUAUUGGCUUCAGGAAUUUUCGACUGAGGGCAACAACGAGAUCACGCCCUCACAGGACGCCCUCAUCGUGUCUAUCUUAUCUGCCGGCACCUUUUUCGGCGCACUGCUAGCUGCACCCACUGCGGAUUACUUGGGACGUCGGUGGGGGCUGAUGUUCUCCGCCGGAAUCGUCUUUAACCUAGGCGUUAUCCUCCAGACAGCCGCCACUGACCAGCCAAUGUUUAUUGCUGGCCGAUUCUUUGCCGGUUUGGGCGUUGGUCUGAUAUCGGCCAUGAUUCCUAUGUAUCAAUCUGAGACUGCACCCAAAUGGAUUCGAGGAACAAUUGUUGGAACAUACCAGCUUGCGAUCACCAUCGGAUUGUUCUUGGCGGCUAUAGUGAACAAUGCGACCCAGAACCGCAACGAUAGCGGGUCCUAUCGAAUUCCAAUUGCUGUCCAGUUUGCGUGGUCUAUCAUCCUCGUUGUUGGGCUGUUCCUCUUACCCGAGACGCCUCGCUUCCUGAUCAAGCAGGGCAAACACGAGGCGGCUGCACUAUCUCUUAGCAAACUCCGCAGACUUGAUCCGCAACAUCCCGCAGUCGUCGAGGAGCUUGCGGAGGUGCGCGCCAACCACGAAUACGAAAUGUCUCUUGGCAAAGCCAGCUACAUCGACUGCUUCAAAGGCACUAUUGGAAAGCGUCUCUUAACAGGAUGUGGCCUGCAAUCCUUGCAGCAGCUCACCGGUGUCAACUUUAUCUUUUACUACGGCACCCAAUAUUUCCUUAACGCCGGCUUCGACAACCCCUUCAUCAUUACCGUAAUUACGAACACUGUUAAUGUCGUCUCCACUUUCCCAGGUCUUUACCUUGUCGAGGCUAUGGGUCGCCGCAAUCUGCUGCUCAUGGGCGCCGCCGGCAUGUGCAUUUGCCAGUUCAUUGUCGGUGCCGUCGGUACCGCAUCGGGGGCAGAUAACCAAGCCGCGCAGAGCACCGCCAUCGCCUUCGUGUGCAUCUACAUCUUCUUCUUCGCCAGCAGCUGGGGUCCCGUGGCAUGGGUCGUCACCGGCGAGCUCUUCCCGCUCAAGGUCCGUGCCAAGUGCCUCUCAAUGACCACGGCUAGCAACUGGCUUCUUAAUUUCGCCAUCGCCUACUCGACGCCCUACAUGGUCAACGAGGGCCCCGGCUACGCGAACCUGCAGAGUCGAGUCUUCUUCGUCUGGGGCAGCUUCUGCUUCGUCUGCUUCGCAUUCGUGUGGUUCCUGAUCUACGAGACCAAGGGCCUGAGUUUGGAGCAGGUCGAUGAGCUGUACGGCAUCGUGAGCCAGGCGUGGAAGAGCAAGUCGUUCCGGCCUGCGCUCAGCUUCCAGGAAGUCGAUCGUGAGGCCAGCAGGGGCAUGAGCAUGAGCGAGCUGGCGGCUAACCAGGAGAGGAAGAGGAGCGUUGCGCACGCGGAAUUGCCGGGCACAAAGAAUUAUUAG